UGUAUGAUUGUGAAGUUCUGCAUGUGAAAAUAUUUAGGAGUCCAUUCAGCGAUCGCUGAGACUUCAUGUUGCUCAAAUGUAUGUUAAGAUAUUCUUCUUGUUAUGGCUGCAUUACACUUAUGUAUUCAUGAAAGUUUGUUAUAAAUUUUUGAUAGGUUACAUUACAUUAAGUACUCAUUAUAGCAUCGGCCGUGUAGAUAGCAGCUGUUGAUGAGAUAAAGUCAAAAGAGUCCUUUCGCGUAAAGUUAUAAUCAUGCCGUUUGCGCAACAAAUGUAAUGUGUAUAUCUUUCUAGAUCAAUGCAAAAGAAUGAUGUUCAAGAAAAGGCUUACAGGUAAAGCUCUCACCAAAUUUGUGUUCAAGAGGAUUCAAGCUACGGAAAACUUCUGCAGGGCUCUUUGUUACAUGAACACUGACCGAUGUUUGUCAAUUAAUUACGGUGAUGGAAUCUGUGAGCUCAAUGAGUCAGACCACGUAAUACACCCUGAAAACCUGGUAACCAAACAAGGCUAUGUUUAUUAUGCUGCUGAGAAUACAUGUAAAUGUUCAAAAACAGAAUUGUGUCGCUACAACUUCGCUUCGAAUACAUUYAAGUGCUUAUGCAAUGCUAACGAUCCUGCGGCUGACUGCAAAGCUAGCACAAAUUCUCCGCAGUCCAGCGUGGCCUCUCCAUCAUCCAAGUCAAGGACUAGAACUUCAAAAUCAGUUAAGACUGAUACUACAUCAUCUUCACCAAACACUACAAGAGCUCCUCCACCACAUAAAACAACCUCUUCUCCAUCCAUAAAAUCUAAUCCAACCUCUUCAACUUCUCCACCAAAAACAACCGGUCAUGGUUCAACCUCUGCAGCUUCUCCUCCUACGUCUGAAACCUCCUUUUCAUCCAAAUCUUCUCCAACCACUACAAAGUUAACACCAAACACAUCUGGUGGUCAUGAUCCAAGCUCCACAACUUCGACCUCUGCCACCUCUUCAUCGUCCACAUCAGCUUCCCCAUCUUCUACGCCAUCUGCAACAACCACAAYAGACUCUUCAACCUCUACAGGAUCCACACAAAUAAAAAUUCUAAUGACUACAACAUCUGCACCCGAAACAAAAUCUUCUCUUCAGACGUCUACAACGUCUUCACUUUCCACACCAACAGAAGCCUCAAAGUCUCUUGAUAUCGAAGUGGUGUCGGGAAGCAGCACUAUGCCAUUCAAAGUGAUGAACACCGAGUAUGAAAGAGAGUUGGCUGGUUUCAAUUUUCUUGUUCUCAAUCUUAAUGGGACGCCGUAUGAAAGUGGUAAUCAUCCUGUGCGUGGGUUUGAUAUAAAACAUGAUAACCCAAGUGGAGCUGUAGACCUUUUAAAGAAAUACGUUAAGAACAUCCCCAUUGGGAAGAUAGUUCUGAUGGCUAUCCAAAAAUCUGAUCACAUGCCCGACA